AGCAGGGCGUGUUUGGAGGGAUGCAGGGCUGUUUGGGAGCGCUUGGGAGGGUUGGGCGCAGCCGCUAUAUUGGUUUGUUUGGAGAACUGAAUAGUGAGUAUAUGAGCAGGUGGGCAUGCAUGAUGCGGCGUUGUUGGAUGCGGCGACUACUUAUUUGCGCUGAAGUGAGCGCGGGUGGAGGUAUUCUCACUGAGGUCAUCGCGCGGCGAAGGAUGGGUUGAACGUGGCAGGUGGAGAACCCCCAUGGGUCGCUAUUACGCGGUUCACGUCAUGGUUGCUUACCUGCAGGAAGAAAAAUCACAAAAUAAUUUCCGUGCAUGGGAGCACUCCUCGCUUUGGCAUAUGCAUUACUGGGACGGAUGGAUGUUCCAUUGGUGGGGUCGCGAUAGUACGCAAGAUUUCCAUUCUGUACUCCCGCGUUGAACACUGGUGUUAUAAUCACUAUACAUCUGUAAAUUGAAAAGCCUAACUCACCUGGUGACUAGCUUGCAACCACUUCGCAAAGUAACAGAAAUCCAUUGUCAACGUUGCAACCUCUUGUUACUUUUGCACGCUUUGGUACCUUACUAGCAUCUACGGUCCUGUGUGCUUACAUCUUAGCGAACAUAACUAGGGUGUCUAUCCACAGCCGCCGUGGGUAGAGGACGUGGGCAUAGCGCGCCGGACGCAUCAAAACGUCGGCGCUUGCCAGCACCAUCUGCAUAGAGCUUUAGUGAAGGUUACCAGCCCGCAGCUGCCUAGCAGCCUGUGGGAUGGAGCCAAUUCAUGAGGAUUUCCACGAGGCCGACCUAUUUGACGACAUAUCUGAACGCGACCAAGGGUCGCAAAGCGAAGAUCUAGAAGACGAGGAGGCCACACCUGCUGAUUUUGAAGUGCGACGGCCAGAUGAGCUGGAGGAGAGCAGCGCCAAAAGCUCGUUGACAGCUGCGGUGCUGGACACGGGGGCUGAUGUUCCCCAGGACACGGCGGAAGUUUCCGGAGAGCAGCUACCCAGCUAUCACCCAAUUGCAGCUUCGGUACCAGUUAACACUGGACACGUGCGCAUGGGCUCCUCCGUACCCGUCAGCAUCCCGCACAUGAACCGCUGGAAGAAGGGGGCGGACGGCGGCGACGGACCGCCCACCCAGUACGCGCCCGCAACAUUCGUACCGCCGCACCAGCUGUCGCAGGUCAACGAGUUCAUGUUCUCCUUCACAGGUGACAGCCCCAGCGUCGCCAUCAAGCGCGAGCGGCUGCGGGUCCGCAACGCCAUUCUUAAGUCCACGGGUUUCCUGGAACCGGGGGCAGCCAUGGGGGUGAUCGGCGUGCAGGUACCACCCAUGGAGCGGAACCACAUGCGCACCCCGGUGGCAGCAGGCGGCCUGAGUCAGGCGCUGCAUGGGGGAGGAGGAGCCGGA